UUUCUUUCAGGGUAUAUAGGUCGCUGAGGUGUGCAAAAAUGCUGCCACAGACGUGUCAAAGGCACUUGUUGCGUAGUUGUCGGCCGUGCCGAACGAUGCUUGCUUUCAAACCAGCAAGGCUUGUGCCUCCGGCCCCGUUGGUUACUGUCCAUCGGCCUAUUCGGGGAAGCAUUGCUUGCAACGCGCUGGAAACGUAUAUGGUGGAGAAACUCAGCGCAGCUGAAAUGACAUUCAAGGAGCUGCAGAUGAAGAUGGCGGAUCCAGAGGUGGCUGCGAACUCGACCGAGUUUCAAAAAGUCGCCAAGGCGGCUGCAGACUUGGAGGAGACGGUCAACGCGUAUCGUACAUAUAAGGACACGGAAAAGCAGCUUUCGGACGCUUCGGAAUACUUGAAAAACGAGGCUGCGGAUGACCCAGAGAUGGCAGAAUUCGCACGCGCUGAAAUUGCAGAGCUCGAGGUAUCCCUUGCGCAGCUACAAGACAAGUUGCGGCUGCAGUUAGUGCCCAAGGAUCCCCUCGACGAUCGCAAUAUCAUGCUUGAGAUUCGUGCGGGAGCUGGGGGAGACGAAGCCUCGAUAUGGGCGGGUGACAUGAUGCGCAUGUAUCAGCGUUACGCCAACAGGCAGGGCUGGAAGGCCUCACUAGUCAGCUGCACGCAAGGAGAGUCCGGUGGAUACAAGGAGGUCAUCCUUGAGAUAUCUGGCACCAGCGUGUAUUCGAAGCUGAAAUGGGAGGCAGGCGUGCACCGCGUGCAGCGUGUGCCUGCGACGGAAGCCGCCGGCCGGGUGCACACAUCCACGGCAACUGUGGCAGUUAUGCCAGAGGUUGAGGACGUGGACGUGCAGAUAAACCCGAGUGAAAUUGAGGUCAAAUUCGCCCGCGCUAGCGGCGCCGGGGGUCAGAACGUCAACAAAGUGGAGACGGCGGUGGACUUAAUGCAUAAGCCAACUGGUAUUCGUGUUUUCUGCCAAGAGGAGCGCACGCAGGCACAGAACAAGGAGCGAGCCUUCCAGAUCCUCCGCGCAAAGCUUUACGAAAUGGAAAUUCAGCGUCAACAGGCCGAAAUCUAUGCAGCUCGGAAGAGCCAGGUUGGAACUGGCGACCGCUCGGAGAAGAUCAAGACUUAUAAUUACAAAGACAGCCGUGUGUCAGAUCACCGCAUCAAACAGAACUUUGACUUGAACAGCGUCUUGGAAGGUGACCUGGAGGACUCGUUGCAAGCGAUGAUAUCGGCGGAUCAGCAAGAGAAGCUGAAGAUGCUCGCUGAAUCCGUCAUUGCUGCUUAAUACCGAGUCGGGAAGGAACGAAUGAUUAUUGAAGAGCUUGGACACCGUGAGUGUUCUGAAUAGACCAUAUAGCCGUACUGGUAUCUGAUGGCCUAGGCCUAACUCGCGAUAUUUAUUUGUUAAUUUGUUGGUUGCAGAGUGGUCUCAUGGUUUAUUCGCAGUCAUUUGUCCUGCAAGCUUCACACGAAGCCUGGUAGCCGACGUUAGUUAGGCUUCUCGUAGGUUCCCAGAAAGCAGACGAAGGAUUUGUAGCAGGAUGGUCGCACCCUGGCAGGAAACGCAGUUCAGAGUGGUUGUUGAGUUCAAGAAAGUCAAUAAGGGCGCUCGUCGGGAGAUAAUAAUGACGCACAGCGCUCAUACCAUACCGCCACAGUUGCUUGGACGCAUUGCACCGGAGGUAUGGGCCGUUUUUAUGACGGACCUCAGCCAACUGGUCCACAACCACCCCUACAAGCAGCUCCCUUCAGCAGAGUAUUGCUGUGACUGGUUUUCAAGUUUUCUUUGUUACCUUGUCAUCGGGUUUGGCUGCUUCAAUGGCGAUUCCGGCAACUACGGUGCCUGGCUGGCUCAGCUGGAAGCAGUGCUUCAACGACAUAGGCCUGCAUUUGCGGCUGGCGGCGCCACGCUGAGCAUAGGGCGCGUCCACGGCUCGUACUGGGCGCAGAUCGACGUGGAUCCGCGGGCCAUGGCAGUCGGUGCCCCAGUUCCUCUGUAUUACGGUGCCCCGGUUUCGUACAAUACGGGGAUGCCACCGGCAAAAGCCUGAAGGACUGCGGCUGGAGAGGAUGGUUGUCGUCCUGAAUAUGGACCUUUCCUGCUUCUAGCACAACAUGUUUUUGGACGGUUCUGUACGCCUCACCAUGCGGGAUGACAUCAUCUGCUCUCAAACAUCCUGUUGCACAGCCUUGGGAAAGUUUUGACGCGCUUCCCUCUGUGUGCAGGCUGUUUGCACGGAGCUUAAUACUCAAUUUGAUUAGUGCGAACCUUGUAGUGUCUUCAUAGCUUUGUCCUCGUCUCACACGCACCGCCACACGGUGUUGCGGCCUUUGAUAUGGGAGAGCUGAUAUCCAUUUGUUUUUGAAAGUUGCCAACGGUUACGUGUAUGGAAGCUUGCAGUUAUUGCUUGGCUGGCUUGCUGGCUGGCAGUGUUGAGAUGACGUAUUUACCCAGAAGAUUUUCUGGAGGAUAGCUUGUGUUUUUGUGUGCGUGUGUAGCAUUGCCAAGGGAUAGGCUAUCCGACCAUAGGUGAAGUGCAUAUGGCGACAUGCAUAUGAAGCAGUUCGGGCUUACAUGGCCUGUGUGUGUACAGUACAAUUCACAUCAUGCUACUUAUACAAAGUGAGUUUUGCAACUCCCGCGCCCGUGCUGCGCCCAUGCAUCUAGCGCAUUGUUCCAGUAUUGCACUGGCAGGUGCAUUAUGUCCAUAUGUAACACAAAACAUGG